GGUAGUGACUAGUGAGUGUUGUAUUACUUAUAUUUAUUUUUCAUCCAGCGUAGAUUGGUUGGCUGCUUAUCUUUAAAUCCGUCAACUGAUUUUGAACAAUAAAAGUGUUGCGUCCCACUGUUUCUAAUGUAAAAGCGUAAUUCUUUGUUAUCUUUUGCCAGUAAACUAAAGUCACCAUGGCUUUAACAAAUGUGGUGUUGGUGAGCCAGAUCGCAGGAUAUUUCGUCGGAUUGAUCCUGUCCCUGUGCAUCAUGGUGCCGAUGAGCAUGCACGUUCACGAGUUCAAUGGUCACUGCCUGCUCUUCUCCGGCGGUGAAUGGCAAGAGACGGACGGGCAGUUCAAUGUGCAGUGGGCGUCUAUGGCAUACUGUAAUUACGUCAUCGCCAUUGGAGUGCUGUUGUUUGUUGUGUGUCUAGUGCAGAUAUACAGGUUAUCCAUGCUGCUGUACCGCGACAAUGACAGCUCCUUCUUCUCGGCCUUCCUGGAAGCAACGGGCUGCGCGCUGCUGUGUGCGAUGCUCGUGUGCGCCGCCAUCACCGUCACGCUGGGCUUCAUGACGUGGUGCCGCAACAUCACCGACCGCUUCCCUAGUUGCGACGUCGCGGCGGGACAGGACAUCGAUAAAAAAGAUAACAUUUAUACGAACAAUUUUUACAUGGAAAUAGGAACGGUACAGUUUGGAGCGUGGGGCGCGUUCGCGACGUGCGUGGGCCUGGCCGUGUUCUCCACGCUGAAGCUGUGCCGCUACCACCAGCUCGAGAACAUCCGCGUGUCCAUGUUCCGCGAGCGCCAGCGCCUCGUCAACGAGUCCCCGCCCACCAGCACGCCGCCCGUGCGCGCCCGGCGCCCGCACCCGCAGACGCAGCCGCAGGACAUUGAGGAAGAACGCUAGGGGCGGCUAGCACAGUAACAAACCUAACCUAGUUAAGUCAUUUUCAGGCGAUUUGGUUAAAACAAUAAACAUUUAUCGAGUAAUUUACGCGAGUCCGAAGGGCGAGCCUCAGGGUGGGAGGCCGCCGCGGAGGGCCGCAGGCCCAGAGACCGAUGAACUCCCACCCGAGACAAAUCCAAGUAAUUUCAGGCAAUAAACAUAAAAUUUUUAGAGUGUGAUUAAAAACUAUGAUAAAUGUAUCUGGCCCCGUAGCCGAAUGGCAUUUCUGCGAAAUCAAACGCCGCAGAAACGUAGUCUGUCUCUGUCUGUACGUAGUCUUCUCAGAAAAACGCUAAGUGCAACAACAAAUGUAAUCUGUAUAUUGAGAUUUGAGAUUGUGCCAGUUUCAAGCAAGGUUUUAAAAAGAAAAAUCAAUUUAAAUAGAUAAGUUAUUAUUAUGAGUUCUAAUGAUUUAUUGGAUGGAUUACAACAUUUUGAAUAUAUUGAAGAGGUCUUCAUCUUCACUCUUUACAUCCAUCCAUGUGAGAUGGUCUGCUAGGAUAAUAAUGAGCUCAGUUAAUGAACAAUAUUACAAUAUUCAAACUUUUUUAUUUAUAAUUGUAUAUGGUUGGCGAAAUUGAUUGAAUUAUUUAUUAAACCUCGUGAUGGCAUUUGAAAAGUCAGUCACUUUGUGCCACAAAUACUGCUAGAGAUAUGGAAAUCUUUUUGAAGCGUGUAAGUUUCAAAAAUUGAAAAUAUCUACUAUUAGUAAAGCAUUGCUACGGUGAUAGAUAGUGUAGUGUUUUCAAAAUUAUUUAAUUUAUUUUAAUUAGUUAUUAUUAUUUUGGUAAGUUAUUUGCAAUU